GACUGACGCUGUAAAACUCAACCCAUAAUCUCAAUGAGAUGUCACUCAAGUCAGGGGCUUUACUUCAGAAAACCUCACCAGAGAAAUUUGUCUAGUGAGCCCAGAAGACAACUAAAGGAGAAACAGAAAACUCUGGGUCAGUCCCUGGAGAGACUGUGACAAUUUUCUAUGGAGUUCUUCCUAGCUUCCAACAGUCCAACCAGACUCUGUUAAGAUGUUCCCGGACCUACCAGCUGAGAUCCCAAAAUAUUUGUAUGAAUUAUGUGAGUUUGGAGUCCCAGCCAUUGAAACCCCAUCAUCACAGUCUUGCUCCUGGCCUCUCCUAUUUCCUGUGAAACUCCUGCCACUGGUUAUAUUUGAAUAUGUGAACAGCUUUCAAUUCAGUUGUGAAGAAGUGAUGGGUACAGCCACUGCAACGCGCUGCCAAAAUCCCUGAGGAGUCCUGUGAAGCUGGUGGUGAGGAGCCUUUGAUCUCUGUGCUUUACUGUGCCACCCCAGCAUGUGUACUGGGGGCUGUGCCAGGUGCCUGGGGGGCACCCUCAUUCCCUUGGCUGUGUUUGCCGUCCUGGCAAAUAUCCUGUUGUUUUUUCCUGGAGGAAAAGUGGUGGAUGACAACAGCCACCUUUCGGAUGAGGUCUGGUACUUCGGAGGAAUACUGGGAAGUGGAGUCUUGAUGAUCUUCCCUGCGCUGGUGUUCUUGGGCCUGCAGAACAAUGACUGCUGCGGAUGCUGUGGUAAUGAGAGCUGUGGGAAGCGAUUUGCGAUGUUCACCUCCACGUUGUUUGCUGUGGUUGGCUUCUUGGGUGCUGCAUACUCAUUUAUCGUCUCAGCCGUUUCCAUCAACAAGGGUCCUAAAUGCUUCAUGACCAAUAACACCUGGGGAUACCCCUUCCACGAUGGUGAUUAUCUUAAUGACCAAGCCUUGUGGAGCAAGUGCGAAGAACCCCGCGAUGUGGUCCCUUGGAAUCUCACCCUUUUCUCCAUUCUGCUGGUCAUCGGAGGGAUCCAGAUGGUUCUCUGUGCCAUCCAGGUGAUCAAUGGCCUCCUGGGAACUCUCUGUGGAGACUGCCAGUGCUGUGGCUGCUGUGGGGGUGAUAGACCAGUCUAACAGGCUACGAUGAUCUGCUCCAAGUCUACAGCACCAUGUGUGGGAAGACAUGGCCCAGGCCCAGCACUGCACACAUGGGCUGCUAACUCCUGUCCGGUUGGAUCCUCUCUGGCAGAGCUUGGGAGGCACAGGAGAUCCUUUACUCUCUCCAAACAACUUAGCUCAACCCAGGAAUUUGGUGGAAUUUUUUUACUUUGCAAAUUAGGCCCUAUUUUGAAUUCCAGAACAAGUUUAAAGCACAUUUUUCAUGAUUUCCCAUAAGAAAAGUUAAAAUAGAGGAGGUCACUUGUCCUACCACAUUGUCUCUUUGUGUAUAAAGAUGUCCAUACUUUAGGAAUAUUUGCAUUGAACUCAAAGAGAUAAAGCAUUACAAGGAAAACCGGUUUUUCAGGAUGCAUAGGUAAGGAAUGAUUGCUAUAUUAUAUAUAAUUUUUAUGUGAAGCCUGUUUUGGCUAACUUGUCUGGACUACUUGUAACUAGUUUUAUGAGCCUGUCAUAAUUUGCCAGGGUUCCCACAUGUAUAUUAAGUUAAUUAAAUUCAGAAUUAAAAUAAUAAAUGUGGGGGGAGGAAGAAGAGAAAGAA